AUGUCCCUCGAGCUACAGUCCAGCAACAAGGCGGCGGGCGGCGAGCUGCGCAAGUACAGCUUCCUCUCUGCCUCUCUCGGCAAUCUCUCUACGUCCUUCAACCUCUUCCUCCCCUCCUCUUCCCUCUCCUCUUCCCCCACCAAGGCGCCGAUGCUCUACUAUCUCGCCGGCCUCACGUGCACAGAGGACAAUGGCGCACAGAAAAUGGGCGCCCUUAACGCGGCGGGGAUGGAACAGGUGGCGCUGGUCUUUCCGGAUACGAGCCCUAGAGGCGCAAACGUAGAGGGUGAAGAGGAGAGUUGGGACUUUGGCACGG